GGGGGCGGCGGGGUGAGGCGGCGGCGCUCGCGUCGCUCGGCCCCUUUCCGUGUCGGCCCUCGCAGAGGGAGCAUCGCGCGCUGCCGCCACCGCCCGGCCCGCCCCGCCCCGCGCCGCCGCCAUGGCCAAGGCCGAGUCCCCGAAGGAGCCGGAGCAGCUCCGCAAGCUCUUCAUCGGGGGCCUGAGCUUCGAGACCACGGACGAGAGCCUGCGCAGCCACUUCGAGCAGUGGGGCACGCUGACCGACUGCGUGGUGAUGCGGGACCCCAACACAAAGCGCUCGCGGGGCUUCGGCUUCGUCACCUACUCGUCGGUGGAGGAGGUCGAUGCUGCCAUGAACGCGCGGCCACACAAGGUGGACGGCAGGGUGGUGGAGCCCAAACGGGCCGUGUCCAGAGAGGACUCGCAGCGGCCCGGCGCGCACCUGACGGUGAAGAAGAUCUUCGUGGGCGGCAUCAAGGAGGACACGGAGGAGCAUCACCUGCGCGAGUACUUCGGGCAGUACGGCAAGAUCGAGGUCAUCGAGAUCAUGACCGACCGCGGCAGCGGCAAAAAGCGCGGCUUCGCCUUCGUCACCUUCGACGACCACGACUCCGUGGACAAAAUCGUCAUCCAGAAGUACCACACGGUGAACGGGCACAACUGCGAGGUGCGCAAGGCUCUGUCCAAGCAGGAGAUGGCCAGCGCCUCGGCCGGGCAGCGAGGCCGCAGCGGUUCCGGAAACUUCGGCGGCGGCGGCCGCGGCGGCUUCGGCGGCGGUGACAACUUCAACCGCGGCGGCAACUUCGGUGGCCGUGGUGGAUUUGGCGGCGGCCGCGGCGACGGAUUUAAUGGAUAUGGUGCUGACGGGUACGGCGGCGGCGGCGGCCCCGGGUACUCGGGCGGCAGCCGCGGUUACGGCGGCAGCGGCUCCUACGACGGCUACAACAACGGCGGCGGCGGCUUCGGCGGCGGCAGCGGCGGCAGGCGGCCGGCACGGGGCCCUGCGCUGGCCGUGCGCAACGGGCUGGGCGAGGCGGGCACAGGCAGCAAUUUCGGGGGCGGGGGCAGCUACAACGACUUCGGCAGCUACAACAACCAGGCCUCGAGCUUCGGGCCCAUGAAGGGCGGCAGCUUCGGGGGGCGCAGCUCGGGGCCCUACGGCGGCGGCGGAUACGGCAGCUCCAGCGGCGGCGGCAGCUACGGAGGAGGGAGGAGGUUUUAACGGGCAGCCCCGUCCGUGUCCGUCUGUCCCAGCCCUGCCCGUGUCCGUCUGUCCCGCAGGAGCCGGAGCUGGGCGGGAGCUGGGGCGGCCCCGGGAGCCAGCGCGGGGCCGGGCCGGGACCCCCCGGGACCCCCUGGGACCCC